AUGUUGCGAGGUUCCUGGUCUAAAUUCACGUUAACCAAGGUUACAAGUUACCUUUUCGUUUGUAUCUUGGUUUUAGCCCCCACACAAACCUAUGGAGCACCAACUUGCACCGAUUUUGUCAUUUCAGUACCUGCAACCACCUCUCAACACAAAUCUGACCUCUCCAACACAGGAUCUGCUGCCUUGAACGUUCUGGUUGAAUCCACCAUAUCCAAUGUCUCUGCAGAAUUAGGCAUUGUACUAGGAACAGUUGGUUCCGCACUUGGUCUAGGAGCAGGAGCUUAUUCUAUGAGCUUACGGUACUGUGAUCCCGAAGUGCAUAUCCCUAGCCGACAAAACACAAUUCAGUAUCUUCAACAUGCAAUCACAAUGACGAAAAACUAUUGGAGCGGUCUGGAUUAUCCCAAUGGAUACAACGGAGAACAAUACUCAUAUAUUGCUUAUAUGAGCAAGCAAGGAUAUUCGACAUUGUCCGUUGAUAAUCUAGGAAGUGGAAAUUCGACUCAUCCUGAUCCGGUAUUCGUUGUGCAAAUGACGCUUCAAGUUGAGAUCAUCCACAACAUCAUUGUUAUGUUACGGUCAGGAAAGAUACCACAUCCAUAUCUAGCCGGUCGAACGUUUGAUAAAGUUAUAUACGUUGGGCAUUCGUACGGCUCCAUUUGCGGAAACGCCGUCGCGACUGUUCAUCCUAAAGACGUGGAUACUUUCGUCCUAACAAGCUACUCGAUUGAUUUCGCACUCGGCGCCGUCUCCCUAAGUCUAAUGAUCCCAGCACCAGCCUUCCUCGUCUCGCCUCGCUUCUCUUCCCUCGAAUCCCAACCUUUUUACCUCGCUGCAGCAUCUCGUUCCGGUCGUCAAACCGCGCUCUACAGAAGACUCGGAGGCUUUGAUCCAGCUAUUGUGACAUUCGAUUUCCACCACGAGGGUACAGUUUCACUGGGAGAAAUCGCAACUUUGUUGUAUGGUGUAGGACCAGCUCCAGCUUUCACGGGAAAUAUACUUGUGGUUACGGGGAAGCAAGAUGCGAUUUGUUGUUACAGUCCAUUGGGCUCAGAUUGUGGAGUGGGCAGUGGAAGUAUACCGGCUCGGGCUGUUGCGAACUUUCCCAAUGCGGCAAAUUUUGCUACGAUGAUACCGGAUAUGACGGGCCAUGCUCCUUUCUUACACUACUCUGCGCAAGGUCAACUCAGUUAUAUAACAAGUUUUCUCAAGGGCAUGGGCUAUUGA